UCUUCAGUUUCAGGCUUUCAGCGUUUUCGUUUUACCACCAAAAGUUUCAAGUACACAACCCUUUCAAAUUCUCUCUCUCUCUUUCUUCCGCGAAGCUCAGUUACGGAGCUCUCCGGAUACGCCGCCGUUUUCCGACCUCGAGUUUUAAACUAAGGGAAAGGUUUGAUUCUCAAGCAUGGGAGACAGUGAGACAGUCGUUGCUCAAACAAAUGCAAUGAUGGGAUAUCCAUCAGCAGCCUAUACUACGACAGGUUAUUCUGAUUCCAGCUCAAAUAUUGCUCAGGAGGCUACCGCAGAAAUUUCUGCUCCUCCUGCUCCUGUAGAUGCAACCCAUCCAAUGCCUGGUGAUGGAAAUGCAUAUUCUGUGGCUUCCGAUUCUCUCAUGCAAGAAUCACAUUCUUAUGCAACAUAUGAGGCUCAACCAGCUGUUGGUGUUGCUGAUGCUGGUGGGAAUGUUGCUAGCAGUGAACAUGAAACCAUGGCAUCAUUGCAAGCUGCCAGUUAUGAUUCUACUGCUAAUGGUGUCGCUACUUCUGGGGUGGGAACUGUUUCAUCUGUUGGAAAUGGAGAUGCUUCAGACAACAUGGCUGGAUCUCUGGAUACACAACAAUAUGUGGAUGGUUCUGCUAUGUCUGCCGAAGAAGAUAGACUAUGGAACAUUGUGAGGGCUAAUUCUUUAGAUUUUAAUGCCUGGACUGCUUUAAUUGAAGAGACAGAGAAGGUUGCAGAGGAUAACAUAUUAAAAAUUCGAAAAGUUUAUGAUGCUUUUCUAGCAGAGUUUCCUUUGUGUUAUGGGUAUUGGAAAAAGUAUGCAGAUCAUGAGGCGCGUUUUGGUGUUAUUGAUAAAGUUGUGGAGGUUUAUGAACGAGCAGUUCAAGCUGUUACCUAUUCAGUUGACAUUUGGUUGCAUUACUGCACAUUUGCCACAACUACUUUUGGAGAUCCAGACACUAUCAGAAGGCUUUUUGAGCGAGGAUUAGCGUAUGUUGGAACAGAUUACUUGUCCUUUCCUCUUUGGGACAGGUACAUUGAUUAUGAAUUUAUGCAGCAAGCAUGGGGCCAGCUUGUUGUGAUCUACUCACGAAUAUUAGAGAAUCCGAACCAACAACUGGAUCGAUAUUUAAACAGUUUUAAGGAGUUAGCUGGAAGUCGACCUCUCUCAGAAUUGAGAACUGCUGAAGAAGCUGCUGCUGCUGCAGCAGCAGCAAGUGCCACUUCAGAGGAUGGUGUACAAGCAAACGGGGAAGAUGCUCAACCUGAUGGUGCAGAACCAUCUCCUGCUAUCUUAAAAGAAGCGGAGGAGUUGGAGAAGUUUAUCGCCAUUCGAGAAGAGAUGUAUAAAAAAGCUAAAGAGUUCGAUUCUAAGAUAAUUAAUUUUGAAACAGCUAUUAGGAGGCCUUACUUUCACGUGAGGCCUCUUAACGCUGCAGAGCUUGAAAAUUGGAACAACUAUCUUGACUUUAUUGAAAGGGAAGGUGACUUUAACAAGGUGGUCAAGUUAUAUGAAAGAUGCCUGAUUGCUUGUGCUAAUUAUCCUGAAUACUGGAUUCGUUAUGUCCUAAGUAUGGAAGCUAGUGGAAGUUUGGAUCUUGCCAAUAAUGCUCUUGAUCGUGCAACCCAGGUCUUUGUGAAGAGACAACCAGAGAUUCACCUUUUUGCUGCUCGCUUCAAAGAGCAAAGUGGAGAUAUCCCUGGUGCUCAGGCUGCCUAUCAACUCGUACAUUCUGAAAUUUCACCUGGUCUUCUAGAAGCAAUCAUUAAGCAUGCAAACAUGGAACACCGUCUGGGAAAUAUGGAAGCUGCCUACUCCUUGUUUGAACAGGCCAUUGCCAUUGAAAAAGGAAAGGAGCAUUCUCAGACCUUACCCGUGCUGUUUGCUCAAUACGCACGGUUCGCAUACUUGGUAUCUUUGAAUGCUGAAAAAGCCAGGGCUAUCUUUCUUGAAGCGGUCGAGCAUGUUCAAUUGUCAAAAGCAUUCCUCGAGGCCCUGAUACAUUUCGAGUCGUUACAUUCGUUGCCAAAGCAAAUUGAUUACAUAGAUUCCUUGGUUGUGAAGUUCGUGGAGUCCAACUCAGAGAACCCCAAUUUUGCGAGUGUUGCUGACAGAGAGGAGUUAUCUUGCAUCUAUUUGGAGUUUCUAAAUCUCUUUGGGGAUAUACAGUCUAUCAAGAAGGCUGAGGAUCGGCAUGCUAAGCUCUUUUUACUUCAUAGGAGCACCACUUCAGAAUUGAAAAAACGGCAAGCUGAAGAUUACCUAUCUUCUGAUAAAGCAAAGAUGGCAAAAUCCUACUCUGGUGUUCCUUCACCUGCCCAGUCUAUUAUGGGAGCAUAUCCAAAUGCACAAAACCAGUGGGCAGCUGGUUAUGGUGUGCAACCUCAAGCUUGGCCACCAGCUACACAAGCACAGGGACAACAAUGGACCCCUGGUUAUACCCAACAGGCAUACAAUGCAUAUGGUGGUUAUCAGCAAGUACCUGCUGCAGUGCCACAGACUGCUACAUAUCCCGCCACAUAUCCCGCCACAUAUCCUGCUCAGCCGGCGGCUUUCCCCCCACAAAGCUAUGCACAGCCAGCAGCCGCAGCUGCUGCAGUAGCAGCUGUAGCACCAGCUCAGCAACCUGCUCCGGCUCAACAGGCGUAUUAUGGGAAUUACUACCAGUAAUUGAGGUCACAGGACAAGCCUGCUAUAUUUUUCCCUAUGUAAUCUAAUUUUCACCUUUUGUGAACCUGAGCGAUAGAUGUUUCUCUUUGGGGACAUGUACUUGUAGCGAACAAAACAUCUUGGUUUUGAUCAGUCGGCUUUAGUUCCAGUAACAUGUGUAUUUUAGAUAUGGUGAUUUCCUUCCUAAUAUAAAUAGUAUUCGUGGAGGUUUGCUGUCA